UAAUUAAUUGAUAAAAAAAAAAAUUAAAUUACAAUAAAUCAAUAAAUUAUAGAAUAUAAGUGGUUUAAAAGUGUAUUAUAUACGCAUACAUAAAUAUAGUAUAUUCACAUGCACGAGUAUAAACAGCUGUAAACAUUGAAAUAGCAGUAGGCAGCAAAAAUCAAAAAUGAAUUUCACACAAUUCCUGCAUGUAAUAUUACUACUCUGUAUACUCAUCUCCAUAUCACAAAUCAAUGCGAAUAAUAGCGAAGAAAAGCGACCGCAUAUUAUUUUUAUUUUGGCAGACGAUCUGGGCUUCAAUGACGUCGGCUUUCAUGGCUCAGCGCAAAUUCCUACCCCUAAUAUUGAUGCUUUAGCUUUUUCAGGACUUAUAUUGAAUAACUACUAUGUAAAUCCAAUAUGUACGCCCUCGAGAGCGGCUCUAAUGACGGGAAAAUAUCCAAUACAUACAGGCAUGCAACAUACUGUAUUAUAUGGCGCAGAACCGCGUGGCCUACCACUGACUGAGAAAAUUUUGCCCCAAUAUCUGAACGAAUUGGGCUACUCAUCCCAUAUUGCUGGCAAAUGGCACUUGGGCCAUUAUAAGAACAUCUAUACGCCUCUACAGCGUGGUUUUAAGACGCAUGUGGGCUUUUGGACGGGCCAUCAUGAUUUCUUUGAUCAUACGGCGGUAGAGCACGGCAUGUGGGGACUGGACAUGCGGAAAGGCAUGGAAAUCGGCUACGAGUUUCAUGGAAAAUAUACCACCGACAUAGUCACCGAUGAGGCAGUGCGUGUGAUUGCCGAUCACAAUGCAACCGCACAGCCGCUCUUCCUCUACGUUGCACACGCCGCAGUACACUCAGGUAAUCCAUACAACCCACUGCCGGCGCCAGAUGACGUAGUGGCUAAGCUGGAACAAAUCGAGGAUAUGGGAAGGCGACGAUAUGCGGCAAUGCUCGUCAAAUUGGAUGAGUCUGUUGGACGCAUCGUGCAGGAACUGCAAGCGAGAAACAUGUUACAAGACUCCAUCAUCGUGUUUAGCACAGACAAUGGCGGUCCACCGCAAGGUUUCAAUCUAAAUCACGCUUCAAAUUGGCCAUUGCGUGGCGUCAAGAACUCCAUGUGGGAGGGUGGCGUACGCGGUGCUGCGUUACUUUGGUCACCGCGAUUGCAGAGCCGGCCGCGUGUAGCCGAACAGCGUAUGCAAAUCGUCGAUUGGUUGCCUACACUCUUGAGUGCGGCAGGAGGUGUCAACGCUGAACAGUCGCUGCAUAAUGCCUCUGCCGCGUUGGACGGCCUAAGCAUUUGGCAUGCGCUUUCGCAGGAUGAACCCUCGCCGCGUCGCACUAUCCUGCACAAUAUCGACGAUAUUUGGGGCAGCGCAGCACUCACUAUGGGCGACUGGAAGCUUGUCGUUGGCACUAAUUAUCCCUUAAUGUGGAACGGUUGGUAUGGUCCGCCGGGUGUGCGCGAUGCAAAGGCGUACGAUUACAAAAUGCUGCAACGUUGCCCCGCCGGCCAUGCGCUGGCUAGUUUAAAUAUGACACCCAGUGUAGCGGAGGUGAUACGAAUGCGUAGUGCGGCCACAGUCAACUGUGUGCUCGAAUUGACGCCGAGCGCAUGCGAUUAUAAGGGAAGAAAACCGUGUUUGUACAAUGUGAGAGAGGAUCCAUGCGAGUACUACAAUCAGGCCGAGAAAUAUCCUAAUAUACUCAAAACACUCUUGGACGAACUAAAACGCUUGAAUGAGACUGCCGUACCUGCCGCCAACAAGCCAGAUGAUCCCCGUGGUGAUCCUCGUUUGCACAAUUACGUUUGGACAAAUUUUGGCGAUGUGGUGGACAGUGAAUUCGUUGGUAAAAUCGAAUAAAUUAUAUAAUAUAAGG